UUAAAGGGCGUGAUCAUAAUUAUGACGUCAAAAAUAGGUGUGGUAGGGCGUGGUUACUCACUACUCGAUACCAGGAUUUGGUAUCGAGUACUUGGUAUCGGAGGCCUGGUAUCGGAUAUAUGAGUACUUUGGUAUCGUAUCGCCCACCUCUACGAGACAGCUUACUCCGUCCACGUGGACUCCUCCAUAGCAUAGAUCUUCCUCAGUUUUUUCUCUUUUAUAAUUCUCAGAAGCAGUCAUGGACGUUCAUAGAUUGAGAUUUAUUGAUCUGAAGCCCAAAGCCAUCACUUCCUUGGCGUUUGACUCCUCUCUCGACUUUCCCAGGCUAGCUGUGAGCAGGUCUGAUGCCUCAAUUGAGAUAUGGCGCUACAUUGGGACUCAUAAAGAUUUCUGUUACUGUCACACUAUACCGGGAAGAGAAGGGAUCUCGAUCGAGUCUUUAAAAUGGUCCGGGGAUAGACUUUUCUCAGCUGAUCUAUCAGGUACUAUUAAUGAGUGGAGGGUUAAUUCGUUGCUCCCAGUUCAGUCAGUCGUUAGUAAAGGCUCUACUCCAAUCUGGUCUAUGGAUAUUAAUAGUGAUGGGUCUAGUCUUGUUGUUGGAUGUGAAAAUGGAGAAGUUUGUCUUUAUGAUUUGAGUUACGAUGCUUUGAUCUACUCCCGUACUCUGGUCAAACAAGAUGGGCGGAUUCUCUCUCUCUCCUGGCACCCCACGGCCCCACGUAUUGCCAUGGGAUGUGCUGAUAGUACCUUAAGAGUCCUCGACACUGAGACCAAUAGAUCAAUCCUCCGUAUCACAAUGGACAAGAACAGCAAUGAGGAGAAUACUCUUGUCUGGAGCGUAAAGUUUUUAAGUGAUGAUACGAUAGUUAGUGGUUCUUCUCUGGGUAGCAUCAGUUUCUGGAACAGCAAGUACGGGACUCUUAAGCAAUCUUUUAGCCUCCAUAAUGCCGACCUGCUAACAAUAGCAGUUAAUAGUGAAGAGGAUAUACUUUUUGCUGCCGGAGUCGAUCACAAGAUUGUCCGACUGAAGAGAGUGGAGAAGAGAGGGAAAGGUGAGGCCGGGGGUUACUUUUGGGUGCAGGCAUGUGACGUACGCCCACACACUCAUGAUGUUCGAUCUCUGGCUGUGUCAAGGAAUGGAGUCCUUAGUUCUGGGGGUGUGGACACUGUUCUCUGCUUCAAUAAAGUGGAGGAGUUUGAGAAGGAAAUGAGUUUGAGGCAGUCACCAUUUGCAAGUUGGAACGAGCGAUUCCAGUUAGCACCGCGAGGUAAUAUUCUUCUGUUUUGCGACAAUCGCUCGUUAAAACUAUGGAAGAUAACACCUCAGUCUGUUUCUACUGAUCACUCAUCUUCUACUGUCUGCUCUCCUGAUAAAGACGCAUUGGCUAAGAGUGGUCUUAUCACUCAUAAAGAAAUGGAGUCUGAUCUAUUCAAAGCUAGCGGCCUACCCAUCCUUCUAUUAGAAAUAAAGUCACCAUCGGCCCAGCACAUUGUAUGUUCAGGAAUAUCUGAUGACGGGAAACUAGUUGCUUUUUCUGAUCCCGAGAAGAUCUGGGUGUAUUCCUUGGAGCCAAAGGUCACCUGUAUCUCUACUCAGUUUCUGCCAUCACGAGCCGUUGCUAUAUUUAGUAACAACAACUCUAUUAAUAGUAACACUAGUAUUGCUAUAUGUCCGUCUGAUGGUGGAAUUAAAAUAGCAUCAGUUCCUUCUCCAGUGACUAAGGAUAGUGUUAUAUUCACUGACAUGGAAAUAAGAAAGAAAAAGAUGUCCAUCAGAUCAUACAUUAAACUUAAGUAUAGUCCUGACGGUAAGUACUUACUGGCAAUGAGUGAGAAAUACCGUGUACUGAUAUUCGAUACAAUAAAUGGGACACUCUUUGCUACACUGCCUCGAUUUGACAACACCUUCCCUCCGUCUCUCUCAUUCACUGCCUCGUCCGAGUCCCUCCUUAUCUUUACUAGUGGGGAUCGGGAAUUCUACAAGUUCAACCUCAAGAAAUCAGAGCUAAAGGGUUUAGGUAGACCUUUCUUGAAGGAUAUAGCUAUGCGGGUUUGCUCAAGGAAGGGACUAAGUAUGACACUAGGUCUCAACACAUUUCCUACUCUUCAUGGCCUGUGUAUGAUAUAUGAUUGGGAUAGACUAUUGUUUGUUAGAUAUGAAGCAAAAGGGAAGCAUAAGGAGGACAAAGAGGAGGAGGAGGUGAUUGGAAAGAAGCGGUCUUUAGGUAUGAAAGAGUUGUCUAGUCAUUGUGUUAAGGAUUACCGUGAUAUUGUUUAUGCCGGAGUGCUGGACUGUGGGGAGAUGGUGCUGGUGGAGAAGCCUUGGAGGGACAGGGUGACUGCCCUCCCUCCAACGCUUAAAAUUGAUAAGUAUGGACAGUAGAGUUUUGUUGAUGUAAUUUUAAUUUA